AUGGGCCCGAGACGGCAGACUCGCCUGAACUUCACCCCUCUACCCCCGUCUUCGCCUGGGCCUACCCAUAGUUCUGCUCAGGGAACCGAUCGAUUUGCGAAUAUUCGUUACGCUCCAACCUCAAGUUCACCACUAGGCUCGAAAACUGGUGUCAAACGUGAACCACUCUCGAGUAGCCCCAUCCCGUCGCGCCCAAUAAAACAAGAAACAUCCUCCGGAGAUGAGGGAGAAGACGAUGAUGAGCCAGUAUCCCUCGUGACCCCGGCUUUUCGUCGUCGCCAUACUUUGUCGCGCAGAGCCAGGGUAGAAGCACCUUCUGCGGAUGAAGACGAAGAAGAAGACGACGCGGUUCGCGUGCCCGCUUCUAGCCGGCGAACUGCGAAAAGACCGAUUUUCAACGACGAGGAGACCGAAGAUUCGGAUUCUGACGAUAUCAUUGGUGCAUCUCCAUCGAAACCUACAACUAAGCGCAGAACAAGAGGAAGUGCAGCGGAAUCAGUCGCCAAACUCAAACGGAAAGAGCAAUUAGAAGCUCUCCGCCGCCGUCGUGCUGGAGAACGACCCAAAUCGUUAUCCCCAAGCGAAUCAGAAAGCUCGGAAGACGAAGUCGAUCGCUCCCUCUCUAUAUCCUCAGAUGAGGACCUACCGGAAGACAGUGACAUUGAACCCGCCGCGCCAGUCGACCUCGAUCAAUACGAAGAUGACUUUGUUUUGCAUGACGACGAUGCAGAGCUCGGGGCUCCAGCUGAUUUGGUCGACAUGCCAUUUGAGUUCACUCGCCAUCGGUACAAACGACUAAGGGACCAUUUCUCCGAUGUGGUGGAGUGGAUGGUGCAUAACAAGCUAAACCCUGCGUUUCCUCGCGAGGACCCAGUGUAUACUGUUGCGUUUGACAAGGUCAACGACGAGGUUAUGGGUGUAACGGGCUCACAGUUGGUAUCAUCGGUUUGGAGGCCGGACUUUAUACGUGCACUUGAAGCGAGACCGGAGAUUCAAGUUCUCCCCUCCAUCGAAGUACUGAGUGGUCUGUGUGAUGCGUGUAAUCGAUCAAAGCACCCGGCGAAGUUUGACGUCCGCUUCACUGGAAAGCCGUACUCUCUGGCAACCCUCGAGCCGAUUUACGACGAAGAAGACAGUGUCACUAGCGACGAUGUCGAAGAAGACGAUGGCCCAGUAGACAAGGAUAAUAUCAACAGCCAGGGUCAUCGAAUCCCCGACCAGAGCACCCAUUUUUAUCUCGGGUCAGUUUGCAAAUCAAACGCGACCAUGGCACACGCCCUUAUCCACUGGCGAUUCCACCUCAACGAAUGGGUGAUUGGCUAUCUCGAGCGGAAAGGUGUUUUCAGCGGCGAGAAAAUCCUGGAGCGGGAGCGUUGGAGCGUGAGGAAGCGGACCCGUUACGCGAACCAAGUGAUGGAUGAGAUGAAAGCAUUGGAGACUGAUCGUCUAUGGAGGGAUUUUAACCUAAACUUGAAGACGGCGAAGGAUCAGAGAGUAGAACGACGAUGGCGUUGA